GGCAGUCGAGCGGCGCCGGGAGUCAGUCGCGCCGAGAGCGCUGGACAGGAGGGCUGCGUGUGUCGAGGGUCACCGCACAGCGCCGCGCGAUCUCGCUGGGUCAUGGCAGCACCUCCAGCCAAAGGGAAAGCAGAGCAGUCAGAGGAGGGUGACCUGGAGCACCGUGUGUCCCCCAAGCCCGGAGAUGAGCAGAGCAGGAGCCGGAGCCCCAUUCAGCUCCAGGACUCCCCUGAGGCAGAUGGGGAGCAGGAGGAGGAACAGGCCUUCCUGGUCAGCCUCUACAAGUUCAUGAAGGAGCGGCACACACCCAUCGAGAGGGUGCCCCAUCUUGGCUUCAAGCAGAUUAACCUGUGGAAGAUCUACAAGGCAGUGGAGAAGCUGGGGGCCUAUGAGCUGGUGACAGGCCGCCGCCUCUGGAAGAAUGUGUAUGAUGAACUUGGAGGUAGUCCGGGGAGCACCAGUGCAGCCACAUGCACACGCCGCCAUUAUGAGAGGCUGGUCCUCCCCUAUGUGCGGCAUCUGAAGGGGGAAGACGACAAACCACUGCCUCCUGCCAAGCCCAGGAAGCAAUACAAGAUGGCCAAGGAGCUGCGGGGAGACGAUGGGACCACUGAGAAGCUGAAGAAGGCCAAGGACUCCGAGGAGAGGCAGGUGGACCAGAUCAUGCCAGGAAAGACCAAAUCAGUCGCCGCUGACCAGACACAGCUUCCCUGCCAGGGAUCCUCAAGGGAUAGCACAGCAGAGCUGGGCCCAGUGUCCGGGCCCUCUCCACCACUCAUGGGUGCCAAUGGCUGCCCCGAGGCCUACAAGCGGCUCUUGGCCAGCUUUUACUGCAAAGGGGCUCAUGGCAUCAUGUCGCCACUGGCCAAAAAGAAACUCCUGGCCCAGGUCAGCAAGGCAGAGGCCUUGCAGUGCCAAGAAGAGGGUUGCCGCCACGGAGCCAGGAGCCCCGGCCAGGACCACCAAGAACGUCCCCAGAACCUAAGAGGGCCGGCUGAGAACCCUGAACACCAGCUAAGGCCCGAGGAAGGAGCGCAGGCCCCCGGCGGGAGCACCAGGAUGGAGGCCCAAGUGGGCUCCUGCCCUCCAGCCCCCGUGUACUCCGGCUGUUUUCACACGUACCCCACUGAGGUGCUGAAGCCGGCCAGCCAGCACCCCAGGGACUUCUUCUCCAGCCUUAAAGACAGGGUGCUAUUGGGACCACCUGGUAAAGAAGAAGGUCCGACAACCAAAGAGUCCCAGCUGGUGUGGGGUGGGGAUGCCAACCGGCCCUCUGCAUUCCAUAAAGGCAGCAUAAGAAAAACAGGUUUCUACCCCAAGCCCAAAGCCUGCUGGGUGUCCCCCAUGGCCAAAGUCCCUGCUGAGAGUCCUGGAGCCCCACCCCCUCAUCCCAGUAGCCCAGGUCUCGGCCAUAAGCGCGGCUUGGAAGAAGAGGGAUUUGCUCAUGGAGGCAAGAAACUGAGGGCAGUGUCUCCCUUUCUGAAGGAGGUGGAUGCCAAGGAGUGCGGGGGCAAGCCUGCAGCCCCCGGCUCGGCUGUGUCCUGUCUGCUAGGCCCAAGCCUGGGGUCCACUCCUCCUGAGGCCUACAGGGGCACCAUGCUGCGGUGUCCUCUGAACUUCACCAGUAGCCCGGACCCUCUGAAGGGCCAGGCCUCACUCCCCUUCAGCCCCCUGGUUAUCCCUGCUUUCCCAGCCCACCUCCUCGCCACAACAGGCCCCGCGCCCAUGACUGCCAGCCUGAUGCAUUUCCCAUCCAUGCCCUAUGACACUGUCCUCCGCAACAGACUGGCUCCAGCUUCGUCUGCCUGGCACAUGCCGCCCGUCACAAGCUAUGCGACGCCCCACUUCUUCCACCUCAACACCAAACUGUAGGCCAGAGCCUAUCCUGCUAUGCUGUGGAGGAUUUGACGGGCCCUCAGAUGGGCAGGUGCUGCCGUGUGUGUCUCGGGCCCAAGCUAACUGCCCAGAUUCCCAGGCCUGGUAGCCUCCCCAAGUCUGUGUCUCCCUGGCACAGACAGGGGCGGGCAGUGGGCUUGUCUGAAUGUAGCAGCUUGUGCCCAAAGCCAAGGGCCCAAGUUGUGGUAAGAUAACAAAAGUAUCCAAGCUGGUAACCUCUCUGCAGAGAGACCGGGAAGCUAGUUGGCAGCUCAAGGCAUCCAGGUUGGCCACGAAAGACCCAAUAAAAAGACACUGGUGUGAUUGCCCUCA